AGUACAAACCUCACCUGUGACCUUACGUGCAGCCAUGCUGGAACAUUCCAGAAGUCUUGUGAAGGUUGUAAAGGAGGGUUUUGUGCCAGCCUUGAAGUCCUUAUCUACUAUAUGCUAGUUGAAACAAUAAUUCCAAGGCUGUUUUGUUUCACUAUGUUAAAGAUUUAUCUGUCUCGUCCUUGGAUCAUUGCUUCGAUGAAUCCAAAAAUGCAAACACGGUGUUUCUUUGGCCCACUUUUCCAGGUGGAAGUUGGCCUUGUUGUGCUCCAGCUAACAGGCCAACAAACAGAAAAACAAGCAAACAGCUGGUGAAAACAUGACAUCCUUGCCUGAGGAGCUACAUAUUUUGUUUAUUGUGGUUGUUAAUAUCCUUCACCGUGACAUAUUUGUUUGUUGUAUCCCAAAGAGAUCCAAGUACACACGGGUGUGUUUGCUAAAAUGGAGAAAUGGGAGGUUCCAACGUCCCCAGGAGUGGAAGAGAACAUGUCCGCUCCAGGAGGUCAUGUGAGAACCUGGAAUGCUACAUGGUCCUGCUGGACGCGGAGAAGACGGCCAUUGGCUCCAUCUGCUUCCUGGCAGGCCCCGUCACGCUGCUGGAGAACGCUCUCAUCCUGGGCGUGAUCGUGGCCACAGCUUCGCUGCGCCACCGGCCCUCCUACCUCUUCAUCGGCAACCUGGCCCUGGCUGACGUCUUCGCCAGCUGCUUCUUCACCACCAGCUUCCUGGACUUUCACCUCUUCCGCCGCAGCGACGGCCCCACCGCCUACCUCUUCAAGCUGGGUGGUGUGACCAUGGCCUUCACCAACUCGGUGGGCAGCCUGCUGCUGACCGCCGUGGACCGCUACCUGUGCAUCCAUCGGCCCUCCGGGUACAAGGUGCUGCUGACCCGCCGCCGAGCCCUCCUUGGGCUGCUCGCUCUCUGGAGCACCACUAUCUUCAUCUCCUCCCUACCACUGAUGGGCUGGAGGUGUCCCACUGGGCUUGCUGCGCCCUGCUCCCGCCUCUUUCCCUACAUCAGCCAGGGCUACCUAGUCUGCUGGACCAGCUUCAUCCUGGUCCUCCUGGCUCUCAUUCUGGGGGCUUACGUUCUCAUCCUGUGGAAGGCCCAUCGCCAUGAAUCCUCCAUGACAGUUCUCCAUGCAGGCCACGCUCGCAUGAGGAUGGACAUCCGCCUGGCGCGCACCUUCGGCCUGAUCCUGCUCACACUGGUGGGCUGCUGGCUUCCUGCGCUCUCCUUCAUGCUGGCUGACGUCGCAGUAGUUCUUACUCACACCCAGCAGAGGGCCUUCGCCUUCUGCAGCACCCUCUGCCUUCUAAACUCGGCUGUCAACCCCCUGCUGUAUGCCCUGCGCUGCCGGGAGUUAAGACUCGCUCUACUGCACCUGCUGGAGGUCCUCGGUGAGGCUGCCAAGUGUAAAAAGUCCACUCCGAGACAUCCGCCCAGGGAGGACAACGACUGCACAAGCCACUCUGAUGUGGACAUGCCCAGAAGCUCACACUUUUGCACUGUUUUGGAAAUGUUGGACAAGCAGUAGCUGGCAACCGAUGUUUUGAAGCGCAUGCAGAGGUAGAUAACGCAUGAAUUCUGCAGAUGUGGCGUUAAUAAAAACUACAUCUGGAGGUUGCCUACAGCCACAGCUGUUAAUGGCGCUAAUCAGAGACCCCAGUAGUUCCUUGCCUUUGUAGACCACGCACCCAACGACUUUUGAAGGCUCUGCGGUUGAGUGAAUAGAGGCGGAGCAUUUACGCUAUGUUUAGCUAUCAAAUGAUGGCGUGAGCAAACUUGCCAUUUUGAACAAGCAUACACAGUGGAACGUCUAAAGUCAGUAUAGUUUGGAGUUUUUGGCGAUGCCAGAGAAGGAUAACAAGGAUGGCAAAUAUAAAAUGUGAUCAUAACCACAUGAGAUUAUAAUGUCGACAUUUUGGCCCUGGAACGGACAAAUUGGGUUUCCAUUAUUUGCUAUGGGAAAAAUAGAUACAAUGUAGAGUUUGUGUUCAACCUUACAUAGAGAUUCCACUGUAGCAGUAAAGGCUAUUAAACAUAACCAAUAUUAGUAGUAAAAAUAAUACAGAAAAAUACCAAAAACAUUAAAAUAAUUUAAUUUCAAAUAAUAAUUAAAAAUUAAUAUUACUAGCAGUGAUCAAACAUAUCAGACAUUGGAGAAAAAAAGCAGAAUAUUUAGGUAUUUUUGUAGGAAAAUAGUGUAGUUCACAAGUGGGUAAAUACACUGUGGUUAAAUGUCAUAUGUACCAUUUAGAUUGCAUAACAUGGUUAUUUAUGUGCAGGUAACCGAGUAUGCACUACGAGUAGACAUUAUGAGCAGCCCUAGCCCCCCAUGACCAUUGACCUCCCGCAGCCACACUUCAGCAUUCUGCAGCUAAGAAAUAUUGUCUCAUGCCAACCAACAGCGACCUGCGACCUUUCACCUCAGCAGAAAGGUGGAUUUACUGUGAGGUAUGCUUGUGUACGUUUGCUCAUAGAGCCUGCAGGCAGCGGGUGGGGGCACGGGGGCUGUCCUAUCUGCACAUGAAUGCCGGGACUCCACAAAGACCCCCAUGUCGAGAGGGAUUUGGCACAAACACUUCCCUGCAUGAAUCUGAGCGGUGUGUGAAGGUAAAUGGGGCCCAUGCCAGCAAGGAAACACUACUAGAACAUUCUUUGUUGUAAGGGACUACACACUGGAAGCUCCUAUUGACUCAUACAAACGACAAAACCUUAACACUCGUAUCCGUGUAGCUUGU